AUGCAGAUCCUGAUGAGAUAAGGGUCCUCCAUGAUCCUGAGAACCCAAGAAUAGAGAAGGGUGCCUUAUUUCCUGACAUAAUCACCUUCAGAAAAGCAAUAAGGCACUAUGCAGUGAAGACAGGUUUUGUGCUUGCUCCUGGCAUCAAGACUGACCCUACUAGGUAUAUUGCAAGGUGUAACCACCCUGGCUGUCCUUGGCGUAUUCAUGCUUCAAGGAUUCAUGAUCAAAAAACUAUACAGGUAUAAACUUGUUUUUGUAUUCAUGUAUUAAAUUUAUUUUGGAUGUGCAUACUACUAAUUCAUGCUUGUCUUUUGUUCAGAUUAAGACCCUACCUUUUGAACAUAAUUGUCCAACCACAAAGCUUGUUGUAAACAAAAUGGCUUCUCAAGACUGGGUGUCAGAUAGACUGAAAGACUGGUUGAAGAAGAAUCCAAGCAAGCGUCCAAAGGCAGCAAAGGAGAAGGUUGAGGGAGAUUAUGGAAUAAAGCUCAAGUACAGCAAGCUAUAUUCUGGUGUGCAGCAAGCACUGCAGCAUAUUCAUGGUAAAUACGAAGAGUCAUUCAAAUUGCUAUUUAAUUGGAAAGCUCAGAUGGAGAUAACUUGUCCAGGAAGUAUUGUAGAGAUAGAUGUGGAGAAAGUAGGCAAGAAAAUGAGGUUUAAGAGGAUAUUUGUAGCUCUCAAACCAUGUGUGGAUGGGUUUAUAGCUGGUUGUAGGCCAUUCAUUGGUGUAGAUGCCUCAAGUCUAAAUGGUAAGUACACAGGACAGUUGGCAUCUGCUACAGGGGUUGAUGGACAUAACUGGUUAUAUUACAUUGCUUAUGGUAUUUUUGACUGUGAAAAUGAGGACAACUGGAAGUGGUUUAUGCAUCAGUUGAGAAGGGCUGUUGGGAGCCCAAAAGGACUAGUGAUUUGUACUGAUGCAUGUAAGGGCUUGGAGAAAGCAGUUGGUGCAAUCUUUCCUGAGGCUGAGUACAGAGAGUGCAUGAGGCAUUUAUAUUCCAACUUUAUGAAGCACUACACAGGUGAAGUUUUCUCAAAGCAUCUCUAUCCAGCAGCUAGAAGCUACACUGAUGGGCUGUUCAAGUGGCACUUGAAGAAGAUAUAUGAAUUUGCUCCUGAAGCAAUUAAGUACUUGCAAGACCACCACAAUCGAAUCUGGUACAGGGCUGGGUUCUCUGAGGACAGUAAAUGUGAUUAUCUGACAAAUAAUGUGUCAGAGAGCUUCAACAGUCAGGUGAGAGACAUGAAAGGGAUGCUCAUACAUGAGUUAGUUGAUGGGCUCAGGGAGAUGAUAAUGGAGAAAAGGUAUCUUAGGAGAAAGGUUGGUACAGAGAUGGGUGAAGACAUUUUGCCAAGUGUCAUCAAAGAGUUGAACCUAAUUAGCAAACACUUGAAGGUUGUCAAAGUUGCAGUAAGUGAUGAGGAUUUUGCUGAGGUUACCUUGGUUGAUGAUUGGAACAAUACUAAAAGGCAUACAGUGAACCUAGUCAAUCAUUGUUGUGGUUGCAGGCAAUGGCAGGUCACAGGAAAACCCUGUAGACAUGCACUUGCUUGGAUCUUGUCCAAUAGAGGCUUGGAAAUCAAGGAUUUUGUGCAUGAAUAUUACUCUGUUGCCAAGUUCAAAGCAGCAUAUGCAGAUAGAGUUCCACCCAUGCCUGAUAGGGCUGACUGGCCUGAGGUAGAGCUAGGAUACAAACUGCACCCACCUUUGCAGAAGAGGGCAGCAGGCAGACCUAGAGUGGUCAGAAUCAGAGGGAGUAUGGAAGAAAGGGCAAACAAGAAGAAAGUGAAAUGCAAAAGGUGCAAAGGCUUUGGGCACUUUGAGAAGACUUGCAAACUUGCUGAACCAACAGAAGAUGACGAUGGUGUUGAUGAGGCCGCUACAAUUGCAUCACUUAAAAGGGUCAGGGAAGAAGAUGAAGGACCGAGCAAGACGCCAAAAAAGAAGAAGCAGAAGAAAAGUGCAACCAAACAAGCGCUGAAGAAGAAGAAGAGUCCUGUGAAGAAGAAGAAGACUCCUCUGAGGAAGAAGCUCAAGAAGGCUGCAAGUGCUCCUGAAGCAAGAGUGGUGAGAAGCCUCGAGAGUUGGCUCGGCGUGGAGUAGAUGACAUAUGUUGUCUGCACUUUUGUUGGUCUCAAUGACCUAGUGUGUUGUUUGCAUUUUGGCUGGUCUAAGUGACCUAAACUUAUGUAUGGCCAGUACUGGAUGUCUUUUAUUAUCUCGAGUAGUGGUUUGUGAGGUUGAACUUGGAAUUGGUAGGGUCUGAACCUAUUUGUGUGCUCUGGUUAUGAACUUGGAAUUAUUAGGAUCUGAACUUGGAAUCUAGUUUGUGAUUUAAUGAAUCUAGUCAAGCUUGUAUGAUAUAAGCAUGUAAAUUAUGGCCUCAUUUAUUCAUUGCGUGCAUUCUUCGAUCAAAUAUAUGUAUGCAUUUUUUUAUCUGAACCUGUGGAUGCCAUCUCCGAUCAAUAAGUAGAUGGGGCAGGACACGGGGGAAGGAGCAGCAGCUGGGGACGGGGGAGCAGCUGGGAAAGGAGCAACAUUGCUUCAGUCCACGAAGUGAAGGGUAGAAGUGGCAAUACGAAAAUACAGGAGUAUGAUAAUGGGUCCAUAACAUCGUCUCACGUACAUAAUGGCGUUUUUCAAACAACUGCAAAUUUGCAAUGGCACCAGGCCGGUUUGACGAAUUGUAAUGGUGUGAAUCAAAAACAUGAAAUUUAUAGUGGUGUG